AAGAGGCGGCCUCUUCAAUAUGGCGGGGCCUUUGUCUCCUAGCUUCCGGGCUCUGAUCCCAGUUCGCGUCUCCACUGUUACAUCUCCUGCGUUACUGGAGUUCCUCGGUGACUCUACCAUAGCUUCUGUUAUCCUGUGACCUGCAAGUACUGGGAGAUCCAUAGGGAGGACGGCGGAACAUCUGGAAGCUGGGAAAUGGGAGUGUUGACAUUCAGGGAUGUGGCCAUAGAAUUCUCCCCAGAAGAGUGGGAAUGCCUGGACUCUGCUCAGCAGCGUUUGUAUAGGGAUGUGAUGUUAGAGAACUAUGGAAACCUGGUCUCCUUGGGUCUUGCUAUCUUUAAGCCAGACUUGAUGACCUGUCUGGAGCAAAGAAAAGAGCCCUGGAAAGUGAAGAGACAGGAGGCAGUAGCCAAACACCCAGCUGGCUCUUUCCAUUUUACUGCAGAGAUAUUGCCGGAGCAUGACAUGAAAGAUGCAUUUCGAAAAGUGAUUCUGAGAAAAUAUAGAAGCUGUGACCUUAAUAAUUUACAUUUAAAGAAAGACAACCAAAGUGUGGGUAAUUGCAAGGGGCAGAAAAGCAGUUAUAAUGGCCUUCAUCAAUGUUUAUCAACUACCCAUAGCAAAACCUGUCAAUGUAAUAAAUGUGGCAGAGCUUUUCAGUUGUGCUCAAUCUUCACUGAACAAAAAGACAUUUUUAGCAGAGAGAAAUGCUACAAAUGUGAAGAAUGUGGCAAAGACUGUAGGUUGUUCUCAGAUUUUACUAGACAUAAGAAAAUUCAUACUGCAGAGAGAUGCUACAAAUGUGAAGAAUGUGGCAAAGCCUUUAAAAAGUUUUCAAACCUUACUGAACAUAAGAGAGUUCAUACUGGAGAGAAACCUUACAAAUGUGAAGGAUGUGGCAAAACUUUUACCUGCUCCUCAACCCUUAUUAAGCACAAGAGAAAUCAUACUGGAGACAGACCCUACAAAUGUGAAGAAUGUGGCAAAGCCUUUAAGUGCUUCUCAGACCUUACUAAUCAUAAGAGAAUUCAUACUGGAGAGAAACCCUACAAAUGUGAAGAAUGUAACAAAGCCUAUAGGUGGUUCUCAGACCUUGCUAAACAUAAGAUAAUUCAUACUGGAGACAAACCCUACAAAUGUAAUGAAUGUGGAAAAGCUUUUAAGUGGUUCUCGGCCCUUAGUAAACAUAAGAGAAUUCAUACUGGAGAGAAACCCUACAUCUGUGAAGAAUGUGGCAAAGCCUUUACCCGCUCGUCAACCCUUUUUAACCACAAGAGAAUUCAUAUGGAAGAGAGACCUUACAAAUGUGAAGAAUGUGGCAAAACUUUUAAGUGCUUCUCAGACCUGACUAAUCAUAAGAGAAUUCACACUGGAGAGAAACCCUACAAAUGUGAAGAAUGUGGCAAAGCAUCAAGCUGGUUCUCACACCUCAUCAGACAUAAGAGAAUUCAUACUAGAGAGAAGCUCCACAAGUGUUAAAAAUGUGGAAAAGCCUUUACCAAGUCCUCAUACUGUGUUCAACAUCUGAAAUUUAAUACUGAACAAAUGCAGUAUAAAUGUAAUGACAGUGGAAGAACAUUUAUCAUCUUAGAGGGUCUCUAAGAACUUACUUUAUAAUCUGGUUGCUUAUAUGUUGGGUGCAUAUAUAGCCCUUUGCUAUUAUGUAAUGCCCUUCUUUUUUUUUUUAAUCUAUGUUAAUUUCAAGUCUGUUUUGUCAGAAACUAGGAUUGCAACCCCUGCUUCUUGUUUUCUAUUUGCUUGGUAGGCUUUUCUUUUUCCCUUUAUUUUGAGCUUAUUUGAGAUGGGUGUCUCGAUUAAAGCAUACCAUUAGAUCUUGAUUCUUUUUUCAGCUUGCCAUCUGUGUUUUAAUUUGAGUAUUUAGCCCAUUUACAUUUAAGGUUAGUAUUCAUAUGUGUGGAUUGGAUUCUGUUAUUAGGAUCUUAGCUGGCUAUUUUGCACAUUUGUUUCUGUGGUUGCUUUAUAGUGUCCGCAGUUUGUAUACUUUAGUGUGCUUUUGUAGUGACUGGUAAUAGUCUUUUUCUUAUUUAAUGCUUUUUUCAGAAGCUCUUUUAAGACAGAUCCUGUAGUAACAGAUUUUCUCAGCAUUUGCUUAUCUGAAUAGGAUCAUAUAUAUUUUUUACUUCUGAAGCUUUCCUUGGUCAGAUAUGAAAUUCUGUGUUGGAAUGCUUUUUUUAAGAAUGUUGAAUAUUGACCCCUAAUCUCUUUUGACUUGUAGGAUUUCAGCUGAAAGAUUUGUUGUUUUUCUCAUGAGCUUCUUUUUAGAAGUGACCUGGCUUUUCUCUCUAGCUGCCUUUAACAUAUUUUUUCUUUCAUUUUGACCUUGGAGAAUCUCAUGAUUAUGUGUCUUGAGGAUGACCUUCUCGUGGGGUAUCUUACUGGGGUUCUCCACAUUUCCUGCAUUUGAAUGUUGGCCUCUCUAGGUUGGGGAAGUUCUCAUGGAUGUUAUCCUGAAAUAUGUAUUUCAAGUUGUUUUCAUUCUCCCCAUCACUUUCAGGCAAUCUCUUGCAUCAUAGAUUUGGUUUCUUUACAUAAUCCCGUAUUUCUUAGAGGUUUUGUUCAUUCCUCUUUAUUCUUUUUUCACUGUUCUUAUCUGUCUUAUUUCAGAAAGCCAGUCUUGAAGCUCUGAGAUUCUUUCCUCUGCUUGACCUAUUCUGCUGUUAAUAUUUGUGAUUACAUUAUAAAGGUUUUGUAUUGUGUUUUUCAGUUCUAUCAGGUCGGCCACAUUUUUUCUCCAGACUGGCUGUUUUUUCCAUCAGUUCCUGCAAUUUUUUUUUCCUUCCUUGCAUUGGGUUGCAACUUACUUUUGUAACUCAGUGAAGUUUAUUUCUACCCAUAUUCUGAAUUCUACUUCUGUCAUCUUAGGCCUUGCUGGAAACGUAAUUUGGUCAUUUGGAUGAAAGAAGUCCACUCUGGCUUUUUGUGUUUUUAUCUUUGCACUGAUUUUGUCUUAUCUUUGUGGGUAUAUCUUUGAGGUUGCUGACCUUUGAAUGGGCUUUUUUUUUUUUUUAAUUCUAUUUGAUGGUCUUGAGUAUUUGAUUGUGGUAUAAGAUGGAUGCAGCCAACAGGCUUUGUUCCUGGGAGGUUUAUUUGUUUUGUUUUGUUUGAUGGUGGUGGUGGGUGGGCAGUGCUCAGCUCACAACCCGAGUCUGCAUACUCUAACUCCGGGGGACUUGUUUUGUGCCCCAACUGUGUUCUCUGGCUCCUUGAGAUUUGGAGUUUGCGAUUCUGUGGGACUAAGGUGCUAUUGCUGGAGCAGAGUGCUAGGGGAUAUGGGGUUUCUGCCUGUCUUUGGGUAUUCACCUCAGUGGCAGGAGCAAAGCAGCUGGGAGGGGAGUGGGGGAUACCUGUUGGAGACUGCGUGCUGUUGCACUAAAGGUGGUGUUGGCUUGGGGCAGGAUACUAGCCAGUAAAGGUUUUGAUGCCUUCUCUGUGCCCCCCAAGAAGGAGUGAUUGUUCAGAGUGUGGGAGGAUACCCUGUUCUCUGCACAGUGUUAGCACAAAGGCAGGGGUGGAGUUUUCUGGCUCUCUGCCCACCAAAGUUUCAUCUACAAUGGCAGUUGCUGGGGGUGGCGGGGCAUAUUGCAUUCCCAUUUGCUCGUGGGGCAAGCAAAGCCAAACAUUCCUUUGCAGACAUGUGCCAGCAAAGAAAUAUGGGGAGUUGCCAUGGUAUUGCAGGAAGCUGCAGUAUGGGGAAGAAAUGUGGGCUGGUGCAGUCAUAGGGGCUGCCUUGCUGGAGCUCUUCAUGAGUCAGGCAUGUCCCUCCAGUGCAGAUGCUCUGGUAUGAGCUUCCAGGGUACCUGAGACUGCCCCGUAAGCAGCUGUGGCCAGACUGGGUCCCUGGGAGAGGCCAGCAGACCAAAGAGUGCUCAGUUGGACCAGCUUCUUCUGAUUUGCAAGACCAUCCUGCAGAAAUUAGGCCCAACAGUUCCCCUAGGGCUAAAGUCUCUUAUGGGAGAAAGUUGAGCCUAGAGAAAUGGCCAUCACUGGCCACACUUUACGGCACAAGCUCUUGCACCAAACCCUCUGGCCACCACAUGAGCUGGCUUGCUGCCUCAUCUCUUUUCUUGUCUUCUGGGGGCUACAUCUCAGAGAGCUGUAGGUCAGCAAUUACUCAGUGCAGCCAGCCCAGGAUGGAGGAUCUCUACUUUUGGCUAAGUUAGGAUUUUACUGUCUGGUGAGGAGCAGUGGGUAGUUUGUGGGACCCAUGGACAAUGGGCUGGCUUCCUCUCCUUGAGUAAACUGCAGUUUGAGGUGUGAGUAAGGCACUUAGGGUUUUGGAUUUUUUAUUAGUCUGAGGGUAGCAAGGACAGUUGUACUGCAGAGGCCCCUGGAUGCUCUGUCCAGGGAGUUGCUAAGUUGCUACUGGCUCGAUAGCUCUGGCAAUGAUUGGCUAGUGGCCCAGGCCUGGCGAACCUGCCUCAUGAGAAUAUAUGAGAACAGGCGCUCACGUAACAGUCUGACCACUUCUGAAGGGCUGCUGCAGUAUGCUGGGUGUCCACUGCAGUUUCUACUCACCUCAGAUUUUCCAGUACUGGAAGUUAUCACCACUAAAUGCUGCAAAACAGCAACAAUGGCAGCAUGCCCUUUUCUCUGGGAGUGCCAUCCCAGGUAGGUAUAGACCUGUUUCCAGCCCAAAAGCACCUGUAGGAGGUAGCUGGAAGCCCCUGUUGAAGGUCUUACCCAGUGAGGAAAACAUGAUUGGGGACCCACUUAAGAAAGCAGUCUAGCCAUAUUUUUGUAGGACAGCUCUGCUGUUCAGAGGUACCACUUCCACCCCCAGUUUAUUUGGAUUCUCCAAAGCCAGAAGGCUGGAACAGCUAACUCACACAAACAGCAAAAAUGGCAGCUCACUCCUCCCUCUAGGAACUGUAUCCCAAAGGGGUUUCAAAACUCCAUCAACCAAAGAGCACUGGUGGUGGUAGCUGGAGACCCUCAUUGGGAAGUACUUUCCAGUGAGAAGGAAGGAAACGGGGGACCUGCUUUAACAGGCAGUCUGUCCAUGUCUUUUUAGAGCACCUGUACUGUGCUAGGAGAUCCUUUCUGCACCCCGGUCAGCUUGGGCUCUUCAAAGCCUGAAGGCAGGAAUGGCUAAGUUGCCCAAGCAGCAAAGAUGGUGGCCCACUCCUCUUUCUGGUAGCUCCAUCCCAGGGAGGUGCAGUGCUGCUACCAAUGGUUGGCUGGACUCUAAGCCAGUAGGUCUUACUGUGUGAGGCAUUGUUGAAGUGAGUCCCACAGACCAUCACUAUCAGCCCCCUGGAUUCUGCCUCUUUCCUAUGGGUAUGUUCAGGGGUGUAACCUCCUGCUUUGCUCGAGUUGCAGUUACUUUUUCUGGAAAGCCAGUAUCUAAGGCUCUUGAAUCUGCACAGGCCUGAGUGGCUGCUCUGAGACUUCAUGUAGCUCUGUGUGUUAAACUGAAGGCCUUGGUGAAGUGGGUUCAUGAGGGUAUCUCCUCACCUGAAGGUUGCAGAGAUCUGUGGGAGAAUCAUGGGUUUCUAGGGUCACACAUGCACUCACUGCUUUACUGGGUGGGGAGGUUCCCUUGGCUCCAUGUUCUUCCCCAGUGGCCCAUUGUCCUGCCUGGCUUUACUCCAUUCUCCAUAAGUUGUUUCUUUGAUUAUUCUCAAUGUAAGUACCUGGAUGUUUCAGUUGCAGGUGCUGUAUUUAUGUAUACCUUGCAUUACUGUCUAUGAGAACUACACAGUCUAGCUGCUUCUAAUCAGCAAUCUCGAUCACUUUUCUCUAAAAGGAACCUACUUUUUUAUAUUAAAAGGAUUCAGUAUUUUUCAAAAGCAAAUUUUGAUGUAAUUUAACUCUUACAUUUGAUGCUGUGUCUUCAUUUCUAGAAUUUAUGUGAAAGAACAUGGUCAGUGGUUGCUGCACCAGAGUUAUGAGAGGUUCUUCUAUAUUAGAUGGACAGAUUUAUAUACUUUUCCAUGGAAGAUUAAGUAAACUGAAAUCUAAGAUACAUGAAGAAAUUCUAAGUGGAAAGGCCACUUAGUAGUUAGUUUACAGCAGUAUCGUAAGUGACAGGAUGAUAGGAGUGUGGUAAGUGAUCAGGAUAAUAAUCUGCUUAGUAAGAGAAACAAUUUGAAUUUUAGAAGGAAAUUGCCUUACCAUUUGCAAAUUAAGGUAAUUAAAAUACAGUGAAUUUCAAAAUGCCUUUUUAAUGACAAUGUGUGAACUUAAUUUGUUUUAAUAAACCAAAAUUGUUGUUAUUGUGUUAAGGCUAUUUUACAUUGAAUGUGUAUCUUGCCAUUGAUGUUAAUUUAUCCCAUCUUAACCCAAGGUUGUAGGUAACAAUAUACUAUUGGGUGACAGUGGACUAACAUCUCUAGUGAUCCCUUUGUCAGUGGUCUUUAACUUAAAAUAAUUUAGAGAAUAUGGUUUCUACAACUUACAUUUUUGUUUUCUUGUAACUACAGGUUAUUAUGAUGGUUAUAACCAAGAUUAUAAUUGAAGCUAUAUGUUUCUGAAUUCUGAACAACUAUUUACAAAAUUUUAUCCUACUUUUUUUCUGUUGAACAUAUGACUUCUCUGGUCUGCUAAACACAUACAGACCUUUAGUUUUGGUUUACAUGGAUUUAAAUGUAUAGAUAUAUAACUGUAAAAUAAACUUUAAAUGUAACAGAUUUAUAGAGAAAGUAAUCUUAUGUGUUUAUGGUUGUGUACCUACUUUGAGAAGAAAAUAAAAAUAUUAGAAUGAAACAGAUAAUUUUACAAGUGUUGAUCACUUACCAGCAAACCAGAAACUUCAAAGAUUUUGAAAGCAAAUCUGUUUUCUCUGCUGUGUAUUAAAUUGAUUUAUCUAAAAUGUUAUUGCUCCUGGCUUAGAAUCGUCUUGUGCAAAUUCUCUUUUUUUGUUGUUUGUCUGUUUGUCUGUUGCUCACCAUAGACAUAAUAUGUAAUUUUCAUCUAAUUUCAUAAAACAUUCUUUGUAUAAUCCCCUCAGAGAUUAUAAAAGUGACUUUGAUAAAAUUUAAUGGUGUUCACAAAAUAAUUUUCACGUGAGUAAUUUCAUAGUGCGUGUAUUGUAUGUUAUUUAGUAUAUUUUAUAUUUUGUUUCAUUUAGAGAAUGCUAUUCCAAUUUUUAUUGUUCAUUUUACUUUAUAAAAUUGACAUAAUUGAGUUUAUUAAAUUUAUUGGGCCAAUUUAAGUAAACAGUUGAACGUUUCAUAAUUCAUGAGGUCUUUUUAGCAUAUACAUGAAGUAAACAGACAAUACUAGCUAUGUAAUAGAAGCUACAUAAUUAGAAGUAAAUAUUCUUUUUGAAAUUAGCCUGUGGUCUCAGGUGAAAAAUGGAAAAUAUCUAUAGUAAAAAAAAAUGACAUUAAUUCUGCAUAUGAAGAGAGCAUAAUUGUAUCCAUGCCGCACAAUUGACUCUCACAAUUGAAACAAGAUGAAGAGAUGGACAUUUUAGCAAAACUAAGUGAAAACCUUGUAAAAUUUUCAGAUUAUGUUUCUACAUUUAAACAUCUACUGGAGGAGGUAGAGGCCAAUUCUAUGCAGUCAAACCUGGAAUUGCUGACACGUUAAGAGUAUGCACCACAGGUAUUGAAACCUAAAAUGCCCUAACUCUUUUCAUAUAGAUUAACAAAAUAUAAAAUAUGGUUUUAGUCUUCCUCCUCUAUAUUCUGUCUUAGACAGAACUAUCAAGCCAUUUCAAGUAGAUUUAAUUCUAGAUUUUUUUUUUUUCUCUUUUUGAGAUGGAGUCUCGCUCUGUCACCCAAGCUGGUGUUUAGUGGCAUGAUCUCAGCUCACUGCAACCUCCGCCUCCCAGGUUCAAGCAAUUCUCCUGCCUCACCCUCCCGAAUAGCUGAGACUACUGGUGCCCAUCACCAGGCCCAGCUAAUUUUUUGUAUUUUUAGUAGAGAUGGGGUUUCACCAUGUUAGCCAGGAUGGUCUUGAUCUCCUGACCUCAUGAUCCACCCAUCUCAGCCUUCCAAAGUGCUGGGAAUACAUGGGUGAGCCACCGCACCUGUCCUCGAUUUUAGAUCUUAACACAGCACAUCCUCAACUUACUGUCUCCGAGGAUAGAAAAGCUGUGUGAUGGAAGAACAAAACCAAAUGUAUGUUAUAACCCAAGGAGAUUUUAUUUCUGCCCUGCUUUCCUGGGCUGUCAGAAGUGUAGUUCUGACAGACAUUACUGGGAGGUAGAGGUGGGAAACAAGCCUAAAUGGAAAUUAUGUGUGUGUCAAGACUGUCUUCUUAGGACCUGGCAGGAUCAGCCUUCAGUUCUGGAUUAAUCUGGGGGCAAUUGGAUGAUAUAUAGAGUGGUUAUGCUGCAUCAGGUCCUGAGAAAACCCACCUUCUGCCAGUAGUAAAAUCCAGUAAGGUUGGUAUUCUUUUGGACUAUGAAUUGGGUGAUUUUUUAAAGUAAUAUAAAUGAUAGGUUUGUUCUGUGUAUUUUAAUGAUUCUUUCACAAGAGCUGUUUGGCCUUAUUGCUAUACUGAAGCAGAUUCUGAACGUCUUAAAAUCUGUUCAUUAUCAGAUGCUGAAAGAUAAAGAACAAGUAAAUGAAUCUAUUUCAGUUUUUGUGGGUAAUUUAGCCAGUAAAUUUAAUGUUAUUUCUUUAAUCUAAGUUUUACUACUGAAGGCCAGAAUAGAUUUUUUUCUCUUAAGUUUUUGGCAAGUAUAAAAGCACGUUCAGAAUGUCGCUUUCAUAGAUACUAUGAAUAUCAAUUGUCAAGUGUGUUGAUUUCUAAGAUAAAAUAUUUGAGAAUUAAUAUUACCCAUCUUGUCCAAUAAAAUGUUUUUAAGUUGCCUAUUUUUAAAAAAAUCUAUCAAUUUUGAAUUGCAUACCUAGCUAAAUUUUUUUUUAAGAUUGAGGGUGAGAUGUAAAAUAAUUUAUACAAGUAAUAUAAACUAAGUUUACUUAAAUUAUUUACUUAUUUAAGAAAUCUAAUUACAUUUUAAAUAAAUUGCUGUUAGCUGUUA